AUCCCCCCGAAGCCCCACUGACGCCUCCCUCAACCUUCCAGGACUGCAGCCCGACCAUAGCCUCAUCCCGAAGUUCAUCAAAAUGUUUUCUCUUCAUUGAUCACCAUCUCCACUGGAUCACCUCCGCCCCAGCAUGAAGAAGACCACCCCAAAAACCUACGCCUCCUCCCACGAGGAGUCCGAGAACUCGAGUGACGAGACAGAAUGCAGCAUCGGCAGCAACUCCACAGCAGGCACCCACCGUUCAGACACCCCAACGCGAUCCGCCCGCUACCGCAAGAAGGGCCGGAGACGCAGCAAAACAGCCAAGUCGAAGCCCUGCAACGACAAGCCCCUGUACAAGUACUGCUGCAGCAUCAAGGAGGAUCACGGCCAGCCCCUCUUCGGCGUGCAGUUCAACCACCACCUGAAGGAGGGAGAGCCCAUGAUCUUCGCCUCAGUGGGAAGCAACAGGGUGAGCAUCUACGAGUGCCCAGAGGGCGCCAACAUUCGCCUGCGCCAGUGCUACGCCGAUCCAGACCCAGAGGAGAACUUCUACACGUGCGCCUGGACCUUCGACGAGUCUGGAAAACCACUGCUGGCAGUGGCUGGCUCCAGAGGUGUCAUCAGGGUGAUCAGCCCAGUGACAAUGACCUGCGUCAAGCAUUACAUAGGUCACGGGCAUGCCAUCAAUGAGCUGAAGAUCCACCCAAAGGACCCCAACAUCCUGCUGUCAGCCUCCAAGGAUCAUGCCCUGAGACUUUGGAAUAUCAAGUCAGACGUGUGCAUUGCCAUCUUCGGAGGGGUCGAGGGCCACAGGGAUGAGGUGCUCAGUGCUGAUUUCGAUAUGAAGGGACAGAGGAUCAUAUCCUGCGGGAUGGAUCAUGCCUUGAAGCUCUGGAAUCUCGACAAGCCUGACAUGCACGAGGCCAUCAAGCAGAGUUACUUCUGCAAUCCGACGAGAAAUGGACGCCCCUUUGACUCUGUCCUCCAGCAUUUUCCUGACUUUACCACCAGAGAUGUUCACAGGAACUACGUCGACUGUGUCAAGUGGUAUGGGGACUUCAUCCUGAGCAAGAGCUGUGAGAACUGCAUCGUCUGCUGGAAGCCGGGGAGACUUGAGGAUCUGCAAUUGAGGAAUAAUGAGACUAGUGCCACUGUUUUGCAUAGGUUUGAGUUUAAAGAGUGUGACAUUUGGUUUAUCAGGUUCUCCAUGGACUUUUGGCAGAAGACGAUUGCUCUCGGGAACCAGGUGGGGAGGACUUAUGUCUGGGAUCUGGAGGUCGAUGAGCCCGGACAGGCGAGGUGCUUCUCACUGCAGCAUCCCAGGUGCACCGCGCCCAUCAGGCAGACCAGCCUCAGCAGGGAUGGCAGUGUUCUUCUCUGCGUGUGUGAUGAUGCCACUAUUUGGAGGUGGAAUCGGGAUCACUGAGGCUUCGGGGGCUCCUCGUUUGUGCAGGCGUUUUUUAUGGUUUUUGUAAUUUUAGGAAUAAAGAUGAUGAGAGGA